GAGGACACGGGCAAGAUGGCGGCGGCUGCGGCGGCUCUGCGGCACCUGGCGCUGGGCGCCCGCCUCGCCCCGCACGGCCGCAACGCCGGGGCCCCGCUCCAGCGACUCCAGCAGCGCAGGGGCUUCCGCCUCUCCGCGCCCGCAGCCAUACAGGUGACGGUGCGGGACGCGCUGAACCAGGCGCUGGAUGAGGAGCUGGAGAGGGACGAGCGCGUCUUCCUGCUGGGCGAGGAGGUGGCACAGUACGAUGGUGCCUACAAGAUCUCCAGAGGUCUCUGGAAGAAGUACGGGGACAAAAGGGUUAUUGACACCCCGAUAUCCGAGAUGGGCUUUGCAGGAAUCGCUGUCGGUGCUGCUAUGGCAGGGUUGAGACCAGUGUGUGAAUUCAUGACAUUCAACUUCUCCAUGCAAGCAAUCGAUCAGGUUAUCAACUCUGCUGCCAAGACCUGUUACAUGUCUGCAGGAUCCAUCGCUGUUCCCAUCGUCUUCCGAGGCCCCAACGGAGCAUCAGCCGGUGUCGCUGCCCAGCACUCCCAGUGCUUUGCAGCCUGGUAUGGGCACUGCCCCGGCCUCAAAGUCGUCAGUCCUUGGAGCUCAGAAGAUGCCAAAGGACUGCUGAAAGCAGCAAUCCGGGAUGAUAAUCCAGUUGUGAUGCUGGAAAGUGAAUUACUGUAUGGUGUUCCCUUUGAAAUGUCUGAACAGGCACAGUCAAAGGAAUUUGUUAUUCCCAUUGGAAAAGCUAAAAUAGAAAGGCAAGGAACUCAUGUUACAUUAGUUGCACACUCAAGACCUGUUGGCCAUUGUGUGGAAGCAGCUGCUGUGCUUUCUAAAGAAGGUGUAGAGUGUGAGGUUAUAAACCUGCGAACCAUUCGACCGAUGGACAUCGAAACAGUGGAAGCCAGCGUGGUCAAGACAAACCAUCUGGUAACUGUAGAAGGAGGUUGGCCUCAGUUUGGAGUAGGAGCUGAAAUCUGUGCCAGGAUCAUGGAAGGACCUGCCUUUAACUACUUGGAUGCUCCAGCUGUGCGUGUCACCGGUGCCGAUGUCCCCAUGCCUUAUGCAAAAAUCUUAGAGGAUAAUAGCAUACCUCAAGUGAAGGAUAUAGUAUUUGCAGUGAAAAAAGCUUUGAAUAUGUAAGUUGUAAAUACAUGUUUUAAAAUCCUACUUUACAAGGCAUUCUUGGUGUUGCGCACGUUGUAUGCAUCAUUUCUGUUGUAUAAGCUCCAUGAUCUUUUGUACAAUGGGGAAAGUAUAGUGACCUCCCAAAAUAUUUAUAUGGGGUUACCCCCCCACCCCAAGCCACACUUCCUAUAUGCAACAAUGUGGUAAUGCUUGUUUGUUCAACAGUACAGCUGGGUUAGUGCUACUGUUUGUGGAGAAACCCUGUUCUAAAUCAGAGUGAGGAAAAAAAUCCUCUGGUUAUGCUUGGCUUGUAAGUACCAGAGGAGCUGUGCUGAACUUGCUGUAGCAGUGAUUGAGUGCAGAGCUGCAAAGAGCAAGAGCAGGCCCUGAAUGCUGUACAGCGGCAGGAGCCUGUGGUUGCAGGGCUUAUCAAAGAGGAAUGAUGUGGCUGAUCAUGUGAAGCCCAGCCUGUGAGUGCAGCAGUUCAGUGCAGCUCUGAGCAGAGGCUGUGGCAGCCCACAGGCUGGGUUAAGAGAUGAUGGCUGUGUCUGGUUUGAAGAGCACUCUGCACAUGCAGAAAGGCUUCUGUACAAGAGCUCAAAUAAAGAUCCUGAACCUUUCCAGUAUGUGAUGGGAAACAAUACCUAAUUUUUCUUUAGCUGCCACAUAACA